AUGGUUAACGUUUUUAAUGUUCAAAUUUUCUUUAUUGUUUUUAGAGAAUCAUUAGAAGCAAUUAUUGUUGUUUCUGUGUUAUUAGCAUUUUUGAAACAAGGUUUAGGUGGUUCAAAUAAUGAUCCAAAAGUUUAUAAAAAAUUACGAAAUCAAGUUUAUUGGGGAUCAGGGCUAGGAGUUUUAAUUUGUUUAAUUCUUGGUUGUGCUUUCAUUGGUGCUUUUUAUGGUUUAGGUAAAGAUAUUUGGGGUAAUUCUGAAGAUUUAUGGGAAGGUAUAUUUUGUAUAAUUGCCACUGUUUUGAUUACAAUUAUGGGUAUUCCAAUGUUAAGAAUUAAUAAAAUGAAAGAAAAAUGGAGAGUUAAAUUAGCUCAAUCAAUUAUUAAACAACCAAGUAAUAAAAAAGAUAGAUUUAAAAUUGGUUAUUGGUCUAAAAAAUAUGUUUUAUUUAUUUUACCAUUUAUUACAUGUUUAAGAGAAGGUUUAGAAGCUGUUGUUUUCGUUGGUGGUGUUGGUUUGAAUUCUCCAGCUACCAGUUUCCCAAUUCCAGUUAUUGUUGGUUUAAUUGCUGGUAUUGUUGUUGGAUUUUUAUUAUAUUAUUUUGGUUCAAAUUUAUCAAUGCAAAUUUUCUUAAUUAUUUCAACAUGUAUUUUAUAUUUAAUUGCAGCUGGUUUAUUUUCAAGAGGUAUUUGGUAUUUUGAAACUAAUACAUAUAAUAAAAAAACUGGUGGUGAUGCUUCAGAAAAUGGUUCAGGUCCAGGUACUUAUGAUAUUGCAAAAUCAGUUUGGCAUGUUAAUUGUUGUAAUCCAGAAACUGAUAAUGGUUGGGAUAUUUUUAAUGCUUUAUUAGGAUGGCAAAAUUCUGCAACUUAUGGUUCAGUUAUAAGUUAUAAUAUUUACUGGUUAUUUAUUAUUUGUGUUUUAGGUUUAAUGUUGUACGAAGAAAAACAUGGUCAUUUACCAUUUACUAAAAACUUAACUUUGGUUAAAUUAAAUCCAAUGUAUCAUAUUAAAAAUAAAAAGAAACAUGAAUUAACACAAGAAGAAAAAGAUAGAUUAUUUGCUCAAGUUAAACAACAUAAUUUUGGUGCUGAAAAUUCAGAAGAAUUGGAUGAAAUUUCAUCAAAUAAAAUUGCUGAAAAAGAAGUUGCAAAAGAAGUUGUUGAAGCUAAAUAA